AUGCCUAUGCUCAAAGAUCCUUCAGUGAAGUACGAAGCGUUUGCACCUGUCAACCUUCCAAACCGCCAGUGGCCAUCAAAGACUUUGAAGAAGUCCCCAAGAUGGUUAUCCACAGACUUGAGAGAUGGAAAUCAGUCGCUUCCCGACCCUAUGUCUUACGAUGAAAAAAAAGCAUACUUCCAUAAGCUUGUCGAAAUCGGCUAUAAGGAGAUUGAAGUGUCAUUUCCUUCCGCUUCUCAAGUGGAUUAUGAUUUCACUAGGUAUGCUGUUGAGAACGCCCCAGACGAUGUAAGAAUCCAGGUAUUAUCUCCUUGCAGAGAGGAACUCAUCAAAAGAACAGUAGAAUCGUUAGUCGGGGCUAAGAAAGCUACUGUUCAUAUCUAUUUGGCUACAUCAGACUGUUUCAGAAAUGUUGUGUUCGGUUUGACUAAAGAGCAAAGCAAAGCUCUCGCAGUAAAAUGCACAGCACUUGUCAGAUCUCUCACCAAAGAUGACGAAUCUCGCCGUGAAACAGAUUGGUCAUUUGAAUUCUCCCCAGAGACAUUUUCCGAUACUGAUUUGGAUUAUGCUGUCGAGGUUUGCGAGGCAGUUAAGGCUGCUUGGGAGCCCUCGGUUGAGAAUCCUAUCAUCUUCAAUUUACCAGCAACUGUUGAAAUGGCAACUCCUAAUGUUUAUGCCGAUCAAAUUGAGUACUUUGCAACACACAUUUCGGAAAGAGAGAAGAUUUGCAUCUCUCUUCACCCUCAUAAUGACAGAGGGUGUGCUGUUGCCGCUGCGGAAUUGGGACAGCUUGCUGGUGCAGACAGAAUAGAGGGAUGCCUUUUCGGAAACGGUGAAAGAACCGGAAAUGUUGAUUUGGUUACUUUGGGGCUCAAUCUCUAUUCUCAAGGAGUUUCUCCUAACAUUGACUUCUCAAACUUAAACGAAAUCAUUGACAUUGUUGAACGAUGCAACAAAAUCCCAGUUCCUGCUAGAGCUCCUUAUGGUGGAUCUCUCGUCGUUUGCGCUUUCUCUGGCUCACAUCAGGAUGCUAUCAAAAAGGGGUUCAGCCUGUAUGAGGAACAGUUACGCUCAUCCAACAACAAGAAUGUCAAGUGGAAAUUACCAUACUUACCAAUCGAUCCUGCAGAUAUUGGAAGAACUUACGAGGCAAUCAUCAGAAUUAAUUCUCAGUCCGGCAAGGGCGGUUCAGCUUGGGUUAUCUUAAGGAACCUUGAAUUGGAUCUUCCCAAGGGCUUGCAAGUCGCAUUCUCGAAAUUGGUACAAAAGGAGGCUGAAGUCAAGGGUCAGGAAUUGACAAAUGAUGAGCUUUGUGUGUUGUUUAAGACCAGCUACUUCAUCGACUAUGAGGAAGGAGACUCUUGCGACCACUACUACAAGUUGAAUGACUACUCAAUCACGAACUCGAAGGGUGGUGUUAGAAGUAUCAUUGCUGACGUUGAGGUCAAUGGUGAAAAAAAGAAAUUGACCGGCCAAGGAAAUGGUCCUAUUUCAGCAUUUACAAAUGCAAUCCUGACUGACCUUGGGGUCUCACUCGUCGUGAAACACUACCAUGAACAUACUCUUGGUACUGACUCCAAGUCAAGAGCCGUCACGUAUAUUGAGGCCGAACUUGAGAACGGUAUUACUAAGUGGGGUGUGGGUAUUCAUGAGGAUGUUUCGCAAGCCUCUUUCUUGUCGUUGACUUCGAUCUUGAAUGCAAUCCAAAGGGAUGGCAAUUAG